AUGGGGAACAGACGCCGCCCUGCACCGGGGAGAGCCGAGGACUUCAGCUACGUCAGCCCCGUAGUCAAAUACUUGCUCUUCUUUUUCAACUUUCUCUUCUGGAUCAUCGCCCUGGUGAUGGUGGGCAUAGGUGUGUAUGCACGGCUGAUGAAAAACGCAGAGAUGGCGUUGGCGUGCCUGGCCGUGGACCCCGCCGUGAUGCUCAUGGUGGUGGGUGUGCUCAUGUUCGUCAUCACCUUCUGUGGAUGUGUGGGCUCACUGCGAGAAAACAUCUGCCUCCUGCAAAUGUUCUGCAUUUGCCUUACCAUCAUCUUCCUGCUCCAGCUGACUGCAGGAAUCCUUGGCUUCAUCUUCUCCGAUAAGGCUCGCGACAAGGUGACCGAGAUGAUCAACAACGCCAUCACCCAUUACAGAGACGACAUCGAUCUGCAAAACCUCAUCGACUUCGGCCAGAGGGAGUUCGGCUGCUGUGGAGGUGUCACGUACACAGACUGGUCUAAGAACAUGUACUUUAACUGUGACUCCACCAACCCGAGCCGAGAGCGCUGCUCCGUGCCUUUCUCCUGCUGCCAGGUCACCAAAGACAAGGAAGUCAUCAACACCAUGUGCGGUCAGGGUAUGCAGCAGCUGGACUAUGUGAAGGCUGGAGACUUCAUCCACACUAACGGCUGCAUCGACAGACUGGUCGACUGGAUCCACAGCAACCUGUUCAUCCUGGGGGCCAUUGCACUGGGGCUGGCUAUUCCACAGUUGGUGGGGAUCCUCCUGUCUCAGAUUCUCAUCAACCAGAUCAAAGACCAGAUUGAGCUCCAAAACUACAACCAGAGGCACCGCUCCGAUCCCUGGAGCUGA